AUGAAUCCAUUUGUGAGUAAUGGAAAUAAAUUGAGAUGGAGAUUUGAAAAUGUGAAGGAUUUGGAUGAAAUCGGAAUUCUUAGUGAUGUAUUCAUAAUUGGACCAACUAAAUGGUUUGUAAUUUUAUAUGAAUUCGAAAUUUAGAGUGCUACUUUUUUGCAGGAAGAUUGAAGUUCUAACAAAAAUGACAAAGGAUGUGAAAUAUUUAGCAAUAUUCUUAUAUUAUGCCGGAGAUAAUGAAAACGAAGAACAAUGGAUUUGUCAAGUGGAUUCGACAAUGAAAUUGAUUUGUCAAAAUGAAAAUGGAAAUGAUGUAUCUAAAACUAUUUUGAUUAAGUAUUCAAACAAUUCUAAUCAUUUUGGAUGGCCUCAAUUUUAUAAAUGGGAUGAUUUGGACAACAAUGGAUAUAUGAAGAAUGAUUCAAUUAUUAUUGAAGUCGAUUUUAAUUUAAAAUAUUACGAUUUUUCAAAGAAUAUUCCGAAUCUAACUGACGUUUCUUUCAAAGUCGAAGAUACUGAAUUCUACACUAACAAAGGGGUUUGUUUCGAUAAAUAAAUCGGAAUCUGAUUAUCAGAUGAUCUGGGAAGUAUUUACAGAUUUUGUGCAUACAGUCAGAAUAUUUUUACGACUUAUUCAUCAAUAAAAAUCAUGACAAACAGGUCAUAGAAAUCAAAGAUAUUGAAUUGAAUGAGUUCCGCUUGUUUUUAGCAUCAUUUUAUUCAUUUUUUGAUGGUGUUGAAUACACAAACUAUGAAAAACUCAUCGAAUUGGCUGAAAAAUACAAAGUUGUUACUUUGCACACAAAUUGUGAGAAUUAUUUGAUGAAAAAUACAGGAAUGCCAGUGGAAAAGAAAUUGGAGUAUGCUGACAAAUAUGACUAUUAUGAUUUGAUGGUUAGGUUUAUUGAAAAUGAAAGAAAUCGUCUAAAAAAUUUAAUUUAAUUUCAGAAACAAUCAAUCAAUUCUCUGAACAAUGCUCGAAGAAUCAAAAAUAUUUGCAAAUCAUAUGAGUUCUAUAAGUUCAAAGAUUCCACUAAACGAAUGAUUCUAUUAAGAGUUUUGGAUUUCGUUUCGUUACACGGCUCGUGGGCGGGGCGCGAACACCUAUAA